AUGGGUGAAUGUCACAAUAACAGCAGCUUCUCCAUGACGCAAGACCUGCCGGAGAAUUGUCCUGACACUUUCAAUUCCAGCGCAUACGAUCUGGACUAUGGAGUUCCACGGGAGGAGAUCCCCGAUACAACGCAGGGAUGUGCGUUUUUUGUGGCUACCAUUGUCAUAGCCAUGGUCCUGGUCUGUAUCAUAUUAGUCUGUGGCAUUGGCAACUGUCUGUUCAUUGCCUCUCUGGCGCGCUACAAAAAACUCCGUAACCUCACCAAUCUCCUCAUUGCUAACUUGGCCGUGUCGGAUAUUCUGGUGGCUGUAGUGUGCUGUCCGUUUCUGUUGGAUUACUAUGUGGUGAAGCAGCUGUCAUGGGACCAUGGGCUUGUCCUGUGCGCCUCAAUCAACUAUUUACGCACGGUGUCCCUGUAUGUGUCCACCAACGCGCUGCUGGCAAUCGCAGUGGACAGGUACAUGGCCAUCGUCCACCCUAUGAAGCCUCGCAUGAAGUACCAGACGGCCUACAGCCUGAUCCUGGGCGUGUGGAUCGUACCCAUCUUCAUCUCCAUCCCCUCUGCCUACUUUGCUUCCGAGAUCACAUACCCGCGCAUCUCCAGUCAGAGCCACAAGACCUUCUGCGCCCAGAUCUGGCCUGUGGACCACCAGCUCUACUACCGCUCCUACUUCCUCUUCAUCUUCACCCUGGAGUUCGCCGGGCCCGUGGCCAUCAUGGCCGUGUGUUACGCACGGAUUUUGCGGGAGCUGUGGUUCAAGAGCGUGCCUGGCUUCCAGACAGAGCAGAUCCGGAAGCGGCUGCACAGACGGCGGAGGAUGGUGGUGGUGCUGAUUCUGGUGUUGGCCGCCUACGUGCUCUGCUGGGCACCGUACUACGGCUUCACACUGGUACGGGACUUCCACCCCACCCUGAUCUCCAGGGACAGGAACUCCCUGGUGGCCUUCUACAUUAUCGAGUGCGUCGCCAUGAGCAACGGGGUCAUCAACACGCUGUGUUUCGUGAGCGUCCGCAACACUGCCGAGUGCAUGCGGACAGUGACCAGGCUGCGCUGGAAGUCUGUCAAAUGUGCAGCGGGAAAGACGGUGGAUGAGCACACCUCGUCUUUACGCGUGACAGAGGAUGUUGAGUGCACACGCCUGAGAUAGAGGCCUGAUCCUGAGAUGAUCGUCUCUAUUGAAAGGUAGAACCAGCAGUAGACCAAGUGGAUUCUGGGAUGUUGCACACUUCCCAUUUUUUAAGGUCCAAAAUGGUGAGAUCUAAGAUUGAGUCAAGGGAACGGUUUGGCGUUGGACAAGAGAUCCAGACUGCUGACAGAGUAGGGCUGCAUGAUAAAGGCAAAAAAAUUGAACAGCGAUUUUUUUGGACCAAAUAUUGCGAUUGCAAUUUGGCUUGCGAUAAACAGUAGAUCAAAACACUUGGUG